AUGUUCCAGUUGUCGGUGAUAUCCGACCUAAUCAGGGUUCCACCACAUUUAUUCCAUCUUCCAACAGACAAAGCUGUUCUAAGUGAAAUCAACAUUAAGUAUGCGAACAAGGUGAUACCGAAACUGGGGCUUUUUGUCUCUGUCUGGGACUUGAUAGAGAUCCAAGAUGGCCUUUUGAAGCCAGGUGAUGGAGCCACAUUUAUCACUGUAAAAUUCCGGGGAAUCAUAUGGAAACCAUUUGUGGGAGAGGUAUUGACGGGGUGGAUUAAAAAGAACACGCCAGAAGGAAUCAAGGUCACAAUGGAAUUUUUUGAAGACAUAUUCAUACCCAAAAGUCUACUCUUUGAGAAUGCCGUUUACUCAGGAGAUGAGGAUGCAUGGAUAUGGAAACCAGACGAUGAUACGAGCUUGUAUCUAGAUGAAAAUGAGAAGAUUUACUUUAGAAUAGAAGAAGAAGUGUUCACAGACAUUAAACCCAAGGGUCCUGACAACUCCAUGAAUGUUACUGAAGAAAAAGAGUCCGAAGAAAACAAGGUACCGCCGUACGCUAUAAUCGCAAGUUGUCAGACAGAAGGAAUGGGAUGUGUUAGUUGGUGGGAAUAG